UUCUGUGUCUCUAUAUAAACCCCUCAUUUCCCAACAAUUUCACUCUCUUUCAUUUGCAUUUGCUUCUUCCCACAUACUAUCUCAUCACGCGUUUUCUCUCUCCGUCUCGCCUCUCCCGUUCGUCGCCCAUUAGGGUUUUGUACUGCACGCCAGAUGUCUUUUGGUUCCUUGAAGAAGUAUCAUUUGUUUUUCUGGGGCGCUUUCUGUUUCAUGAACCAGGGAAGGCUGUGGUGCCAUCGGAAGAUCUUAUUUCGGCAUUGGACUUGACGUUGGCUGACUUAGUUAGGAGGGAGGAGGGUAUUGUGUUGGGGUUUGUGGCGUACAUAUAUCUUCUUCUAGUGCUUUUCUUUUUAGUUUCCUUUUUCUUCAUCUGGUUAACUAUUUGCUUCUCCGACGAAGUACAAUAUUGUCUUGGAAAGGGUUUGGUAUUGCUUUUUGUCAGACACAGAGCUUUGAGAAGAUUGUUACUGUUGUUAAGAAGUUAUUCUCUUGGGGGACGUUCUGAGGUCAUUCUUGAUGGUGAGGACGUCCCUUCCUCCUGGAUUUCGCUUUCAUCCAACUGAUGUUGAGCUGCUUAUGUACUAUCUGAAACGGAAGGUAAUGGGAAAGAAAAUUCCUUUUGAAGCCAUAUCAGAGCUCAACAUUUACAAAUUCUCUCCAUGGGAUCUUCCUGAUAAAUCUUGCUUGAAAAGUAAGGAUCUUGAGUGGUAUUUCUUCUGCCCAAGAGAGAGGAAGUAUGCAAGCGGGUCAAGAAUGAACCGUUCAACUGAAACUGGAUACUGGAAGACCACAGGAAAGGAUAGACGUGUUACUUAUAAUAAGAACAGUGUUGGAAUGGUUAAGACCUUGGUGUUCCACCAAGGUUGUGCUCCGAGCGGGCAAAGAACUGAUUGGGUGAUACAUGAAUACAGGAUUGAAGAUAAGAACUUGGCUGAUAUGGGGGUUGCUCAGGAUGCGUAUGUUUUGUGCAAACUCUUCCACAAGAGUGGACCAGGACCUAAAAAUGGUGCAUCGUAUGGAGCGCCUUUUAGAGAAGAGGACUGGGAUGAUGAUGAAGAGAUUCCUGUUGACUCUUUGUUACCUGGUGGCCCAUCAACUGUAGAACCUGUGCAGCCUGAAAAUGAUAACUCUUCUGCUGCCAUUAGCUUGGUUGACCUUGGAAAUGCACCCCUAAUGCGCCCAAAUGAACCUGGACCUUCCUUUGUUCAGCCUUCCAAAGAUACGGUUCUCUCGAAUGGUCAGAAUAGUUCAAUGGUCACAAGAGUGGUUGAUACUGGGAAUGCAUCUGGAUGGUCUUUAAGUGAAGCUGGUCUAACCUCAGCUAGCCAUUCUGGUAAUGGCAUGGACAUGGACCCACCAGAUGAUGAUAUUCUUCAUUUGCUUGCAGCUUUCUCAGAAGAUAGCCCUUUGCUCCCCACUGUUAAUGGAAAUAUUGAGCUUGGUGAUCUUGGUCAAGGAAGAGCUGUUGAAGCUAUCCCUCAUUCAGAUGGAGGUGAUCUAUUUAGUGGUCUAGAAGACCUCAGUAACUUGGCUGAGCUCAAUGGAGGUGGACUUAAUUUGUUUGAUAAUUAUCAAAUUGGCUAUACUACAAACAACAUGCGUCUACAAGAUGACAGUGGCUUUUUAGAACUUAAUGACCUUGAUGCUCCACUGAAUUUCACUGCUCAAUCUUGUGGACCUGAACAAAUGCAUACUGGUGGCUUAUAUAGACCGAGCAAUUCUAGUGGAUCUGAGCAUGUGUUUGCUGGGAGUUUAUGCACUGAAUACAACACUAGCAACCAUACCUGGAAUGGUGACAAUAUUCCUGGUUACGAGCAACAUCCGACAGACUUGCAUCAUCUUUUAGUGUUGCCCGAUGCAUCUGACAUACAAGGAAACUCCACUAGUAUUUUCCCAAUGGGGAACGUCUAUGACAGUACGAAUGCUGCAUACAAUUUGGAUUUUACUACUAACAGACCAUUGGAGGAUAUCAGGAAUGCUGCUGGAAAUCAAGAAAGAGGAGCGCAGCAAAGAACACCACACUACUCAAGACUCCAACAGUUGUUGGAGUCCGUACCUGCUGAUCCUGCAUCAGCUGCUUAUGAUGGCUCCUCCAUACAUGUCAAGGCCGAGGUGACUUAUAGAUUCGCUACUUGCACUAAAGACGCUUUGUCAGUUAUGGUGGGGGAGUCUACUUUUGUCUUUAGCCCUUGGUGGAACCUGCCUGUGCUAGGAUUUCAGAAGGCAGUGGGAUACCGCGGUUGUGGUUCUCCUGUUGUGUUCUGUUUAAGAUUGGAUUCAGCUUUCGUGUGCAUGCUGAUGUUUUCACUUUUAAGAGAAUUUGUCUGGUAUUUGUGGAGCUGGUUUUGCUUUUGUGAAAUAAUCGGUUGCUUUAAAACGAUUCAUCAAUUUGUAUUAACUCAUCAGCGAGCGCAUGUACUCUCAAUUAAAAGCAUGGAUUUUAUUAAUUUUGUCUCAGUACUUUGCUCCUAGUUUUUCCUUAGGUUUAGAAGUC